ACGGCGCUUUUCCCGCCCAUUGAAAUGUUAAUUGUAAUUUGUAAUUUUUCGGUAUAAUUUUCUUGAUAUCUGUGUAAUUCCUGGCUGCGGAAUGAGUUUGCAGGACGAAAGUUUUCCGGCAGACGAUCUAUUCGACCAGCUGAAUAGCUUGGGAGCCAGCAGUUCCCGGGACUUCAAGCGCCAAUUUGCGGAGCACCAUCAACCGGAGGCUUUUGAACGCAAUCCGACGCCAUUUUUGGGCAGCGACUGCUCCGCGGAGAAUUCCUAUACGGAUGCGGCCAACAAGAGUGCCAAGACCUGUGUCAGUGACCCCACAGGCCGUGACCCAGAUGAGGAGGAGGAUGCUGAUGAAGAUGGCCAAGAUGGGUUCGCUGAUCAAUUGGAACGCUCUGGCUCAAAAUCCAAGGGCAACGGGCGCAGCAACAAGUCAGUCUCCUACCAGGACAUCCACUCCGCCUACACCAAGCGACGCUACCAGCAUGUGACCAGCAAGGUGGGCAAGUACAUCGCCGAUAUACAGGCCCAGGAUCAGGCGCGUCGCAAUUCGGGAGCGAGUAUGCUUCGGCACAGCUCUAUGCCCGAGUACCUGACGCCGAGGUCGCGACAACGCCACGGCGGUGGCCACUACAGCGUGGACGAGCUGCACAAGAAGGACGAGUCGCUGGCCGACAGCAGUGAGGGCGGCAACGCCUCCAAUAACCAGAGCUACGACCGCCUGCAGAGCGAGCUGGAGGCACUGCAGCAGGAGCGUGAUCGCCAGACCUCCUACAACAACUAUCUGCAGGACAAGCUGGACAAAAAGGUGAUGGAAUCGAUGCAGUUGAAGAUGAACUUUGAGGUUCUGCGAACCGAGCUGACCGACUGCAAGCAGAAGCUGACACGCUACCAGGCGCAUUCGUUGCGGUCUCUCAACUGGCCCCCAGUGGGCAUUCCCAAGGCAACGCAAACAGAUCGCCAGCUGACUCAAGUGACCGCCAUCGCCUCCUCGUCGUCCAGCUCGAAUCCGGUCCAGAACCUCAUGGAGAACUACCUAACACCGCAUCCAACUGGCAAUGCCAACCUUACAUAUAACAGCAGCGAUGGAUCCAUUGAGAUAGCCCUGCUGAGCGUCGCUCCAACAGCUCGUCAGGCUAAUCCUGACCUGCUGAAGGUUCAGCCCAUGUCGUUGGAUUUCAGCAACGAAAGCGCCGAUAGUGGAGAAGCUAACAACGCAAAUGGAGAAGCCCGUGGCAACAGCAACAGCUCCUCUUCCAGACCCCGCACCCGACAUGGACAUGGCCCUGGUCCCAAUAACUCGGAAAGCAGCCACCCGAGUAGCAAUGAUUCAGCCAUCGAAGUGGAGGGCCACGAAUCACGUUCCCCGUUCCAGCCCCAGGGGGAGCGGGAGUGGCGACACCGACGCCAGGAGGAGGCCGUCUACUACUUUGACAAGCGCAACAAUCGAGUCAUCGAGGUGAUGGCCAUUAAUUUAGGACAGGGCCACCACAAUCAGAGCCAUAAUCUGAGCCAGAUUUCCGUCUCAGACAGCAGAGCCCAGUUGCUGAACAACUCCCAGUUUCUGUCCCAAUCCCAGAUCCCGAUCCGGACGAAGCGUCGAACGCUCGGUAGCCGGGUGAUGCGGAUUUUUGGACCAUGCGUUCGGUGCAAGUACACCGAGGAUGGCAAUCCGGGAGUCAAUGGCACAUACACGGUGGGAUUACCUUUGCUGGACGAGGAAUUCAUUGAUAUAAGAAAUCAACGUUAAACCCAAACAUGAUUCAUCAUUUAUUUGUUUAUUUAUUGUCAUAUUUGCUUAUUUUUUUUACGUUUUUUUUUAGUCCCUCUACUUGUUUGAGUUUAUAUUUUGGCCAUUUUUUUCAU